UAGGGGAACAAAAGCUGUUUCUGUAUGGAAUUUGUUUUUGUGGGCACUUUUGCACAGUUUUACCAAAAAUAUUAAUAGCACAACUAAGCAGAAAAUAUAUUUAAAAUAACCAGGUAUCCAGUUAAUAGCGAUAUUGAAAUCUUUCUAGCAAGCGAACUAUAAAAUAGCUAAUUUGGCAAGUUGUGAUUGGAAAUGUGACGCAUAAUGCGAAAACUGUCGACAAAAACUUGAGAAAAAUUAAUUACACUUCGAGAAAAACGAAGGAAUUCAACAUGAGUGAGUCUGUGGUGGCAGAAGAGGUAGAUGUCACUUCCGGGCAGACGAUGGUUAACAACAAGAUCCAGUUUUCCAAGGAAGUGAAGCAGGUUAUCGACAAGGUACUGAAAACAGACGAACAGGAUCCAAUGGAUGCGCCUGACUUCAACACUGUGGAUUAUAUUAAUCAGAUCUUUCCCAAUGAGCAAUCGCUGGCAACAAUUGAUGAAACCAUACAACGGAUGCAGUGCGAAGUCUCCCUUAUUGACGACAAUAUACGUUCGGUGGUGCGUGGUCAGACCAACACUGGACAGGAUGGGCAACUGGCGCUGUGUGAGGCGCAAAAGGUGAUCAGCUCCUUGUUCAGCCACAUUAUCGAUGUGAAGACGCGCGCAGAGCGCACGGAGGAAAUGGUAAAGGAAAUAACCCGCGACAUUAAACAGUUGGAUUGCGCUAAGCGUAAUCUGACGUCGGCCAUUACUACGCUAAAUCAUCUGCAUAUGCUUGUGGGUGGCAUUGAAAGUCUGAACGAGUUAAUUGAAAGACGGUCCUAUGGAGAGAUCUUAAAUCCACUGCAGGCCAUCACCGAAGUCAACCAGCAUUUCCAGCAGUACUCGGACAUUGAAGAGAUCAAGAAUCUUUCCCAGAGCGUGGAUAAAAUUCAAGUGACUCUGGCGCAGCAAAUUACGGAGGAUUUUAAGGAUGCUUUCGCCAGCAAGCCAUCAAGUCAACACAGAUUGGGUUUAAAUCAGCUGGGAGAUGCGUGCAAGGUGCUGUCCGUGCUGGAUGCCAAGGUGAAGAAGGAGCUGCUCAAAUGGUUUAUAGCUCAACAGUUGGAGGAAUACAUGCAUCUGUUUCACGAGAACCAGGACAUUGCUUGGCUGGACAAAAUCGAUAAGCGUUAUGCCUGGCUGAAGCGUCAUCUUUUGGACUUUGAGGACAAGUACGGUGCUGUGUUCCCGUUGGAUUGGGAGGUCUCUGAGCGCAUCACUGUUGAGUUUUGUCGUCAGACGCGACAGCAGCUAUCACAGAUCAUGGCCAAGCGAACCAAUGAGAUUGAUGUGCGUCUGUUGCUCUUCGCCAUCAACAAGACGCAGGCCUUUGAACAGCUGCUCUCCAAACGCUUUACGGGAGUCACUUUGGGUGCCACGCCAGCAGAGCAAACUCGCGUGCUCACGUUACCAACGACAGCAGAGGCACCGCUCACGAUAACCGUCUUCCAUGACCAGAUUGGUCAGUGCUUCAAGACGCAUCUGGAUAUUUAUAUACGCAGUAUAGAUCGCAAUCUCUCUGAGCUGCUGGAAAAGUUUAUUGAGAUGUCCAAGGAGCCCUACAAGUUCGCUGAGGCGAAAACCACUGUCUAUCCCAGCUCGGGUGAUCUCUUUGUCUUCUACAAAAAGUGCAUGGUCCAGUGCAAUCAACUGAGUAACGAACAGCCUAUGUACAAUCUGGCGCUGGUCUUCAAAAAGUAUCUACGGGAAUAUGCCUCCAAGGUACUCGAGGGAAGCACGCCUAAGCUGGUUCCCAACAGUACCAGUAGUUCCAUUGGCAAAAGCGUCUCUUUGUUAACUAGAGACAUGCAAAAUCUCUCCACGGCUGCCGGACAAGUGUUCCACAACUUCCUCAAGGAGGGCGACACUCAGCGUUUUGCACGCGAUGAUCUGGUGCGCAUUUGUUGUGUUCUGACCACCGGUGAGUAUUGCCUGGAGACGGUGCAGCAACUGGAGGAUAAACUAAAGGAGAAAGUGACUCCUGCGUAUGUCGGCAAGAUUGAUAUGAGCGAGGAGAAGGAUGUAUUCCAUCGCAUUAUUUCCAAUUGCAUCCAACUGCUCGUACAGGAUUUGGAAGCGGGAUGUGAGGCUUCGUUGCAGACCAUGGCCAAAGUGCAGUGGCAGCACAUCAGCAAUGUGGGUGAUCAGAGCGCCUUCAUCAGCAGCAUUUGCAGUAAUUUUAAGCAAACGGUGCCCACAAUUCGAGACACACUCGCCAGUUCUCGCAAAUAUUUCACACAGUUUUGUCAUCGCUUUGUGGCCGCCUUUAUUCCUAAGUUUAUCAAUGUGCUGUAUAGGUGCAAGUUGACGCUGUCGGAUGGCUCCAAUAAUGUUCUCGGCUGUGAGCAGCUGCUGCUGGACACGCACUCGCUGAAAUCGGCGUUGUUGGAGCUGCCCUCGGUGGGUUCAAGUGUCAAUCGCAAGGCACCCACUAGCUACACCAAAGUGGUUGUUAAAGAUAUGACGCGAGCCGAAAUGAUAAUCAAAGUGGUCAUGACGCCAGUGCAACCACCGGCUCAUUUCACUCAACAAGUGCUAAAAUUGCUACCGGAUAUUACGAUAGCCGAGUAUCAGAAAAUACUCGACAUGAAGGCGGUGAAGCGCGUGGAUCAACUGCAGUUGAUCGAUCUCUUCAAGCACACGGCCUCAGCGGCAGCAGUCAGCGGUCUAAUGGACACACCAAAUAGCGAAGAGGAACUGCCAAAUGCGAGUGAAGCUCCUGCAAACUCUACUGAGGAUAACGAGAGUACAGCUGUCUCAUCUACGGAUUCGACAACAACAACAGCAACUGCAUCAACUUCCACGCCCAAACGUGCCUUCAUCUUCAGCGUUGGCAGUUUUACGGGCAGCGCGGAUAAAAAUGCCGAUGGCAGUUCUCAGACUGGCAUACGCAAGCUGGAGAGUCUACUUAAGAAACGGUUUCCCUAGUCAAACACAUUUACUAGUAAAUAAAUAAAAAAAACAUUCCAUUAGUUAAGUUGAGUGCAAUUUGUUGUGUCAAUGUUAAUGUAAACAAAUUAAUUUUAUUUUAAAAACACUCGAAAGUUAAUACAAUCUCCGUUAACAAUAUAAUUAAUUCAAACUGAAAUUGUAUAAUAUUUUCAUACAACGUGAAACUUUGUUUUCCAAAUAAUUAAAAACACUUUGUUUUAUCGAUAAUAUAAUUGAUUUUAUUAUAAACUUGACUUAGCUUUAAAACAUAAACUUAUAUGACUAUAUUGAAAAUGGUUUUCUCAUAUACGUGUUUAAUGUUCAUGGUAAUAAUGACUAAUGCGUUGGAACCU